AUGAAAGUCGAAAAGAAAGAGGCACACGUCUCGUUCGCCAGUAUUCCCCAACCAAGCGAACAGGAACGCGCCGCCGCCGCAAAAUCGAUGUCUGGGCUCGUAAGAGCUUUCGCAUGGCCCAUCCAUCGCACGCCGACAGAAAGAUGUAUUUGUGAACACGGAACGAAGAUUCACCUGCCACGGACAUACUUGGCAACGAAAGGAGAGGAUGUGCGACAUGUUCGACGUGGGACAGAUAUCAACCAAUUCGUACACGCGCAUUAUAUGGAGUCGCCUGCGGGCGAGGAGGGAAAGGAGUGGACAAACUUUGUGCAUGCGGAUGAAGUGGUCGCAAGGAGACAUGAGUAUCUUGGCCCUGACCCAAGAGUGGCAGGGUACUUCUUCGACAAGACCGGGGAGAUACAUAUCCGUUGGUGGGAUUCGUUCUUGAAGGAUCAGUGGAUGGACAGAGACAAAUGGACACUCGGCGUCGCUAUGGAUCCGUCAGGGAAAUGGGUGGUUAAGGAAGAGUAG